AUGAAGAGACUGGAUAAUGGAACACACUUCCGUUUGCUCAGGCGUACAAAGUUCCUGCCCAGCUUCCUGCGGUGGAAGAAGGACAAGAACUCUCGGGAUGCAGUUAAAGGCUUUCUGCCGACCGCGUACGGCUUGAACACACGCAAAGAUUUGUGCCACUCUACCCAAAAAGUGGCCGAGGACCAGAUCCUCUUCGUCUGCAGGGAUGAGCUUCUCACAGCGCGAUUGACAUCUCUAACAAAGGUGGACGACAAGGUGGAGGUCGUUCAUCCUCGUGGCUGCAUGUCGGGCAAUGCAUGCAUCUGCGUUAACGUAGGUGGUAUGCUAGAUGGAAGAAUCGACACUUCAGAUACGAUAUAUCUCUACGUUGCGGUCCGACUUCGGUGCGACUUUGAGGUGCGAGGAAAGUACGGAUACGGGUUCCAGAGAUAUAUGGGUCACGGAGCGACUAGCUUGGAGGCUCUCCCUUUACCAAGGACAUUACGAAAGACGACCAUCUUUUUCAAAAGAGACACAAUGAGAAUCGACAAGCUCAGUCACGAAGGCACGCAACCGCAUAGCAAAUGCCAACGGGACAGGCCGCCCGGUGUGAUGCAGAAGCCUGGUCACUGCCACCAGGUCGCCUUCUCCAGCGGCACCAUGAUUCUCUUGCUUCCGUUAUUUUGGGCUUACCAUGGAUUUGGUCUUAAACAUCACCUCGCAAACCCAGUCACGGGUGCUGCUCCUUGUCUCUGGCCCCUGGCUCGUGAUCAUCGCCCGACUCCAAACGGCACUACCAAAACGGAGACUUUCCAACCCCUGUUUCGUUUCGUUUCUGCUGCCAUUCAGGCCGGGGACAUUUUUGCCAAUAUACGGAUAGCAGCUAAGCCAAUGCGGGUAUCGGUGGAAGCGCAGUCCAUGACUAAUCACCAGCACAAUGCGUUUUCAUCAACGUACGGAAGCCAUCGUCACUAUCUGUUAUCAGCCUGGCUAUUUGAGAUACUGGCUUUCCCAAAGAAGUGUACACGCUCUCACGAGAAGAGCAACGAGUUCCCGUUCAGAACAGGAAGACCUAUCAUUCAGGGUCUUUUCUUCGGACGAGAGAGCUCUUUGUUACCUGCUCUGAAUCCUUGUCUCACUCCGACAGCUUCGAAUGGGAGGGGUGAGACCUGGUGGUGGGGACCGCGGCGACAACAGUAUUCGAGCCAUGGUAGUGGCAGGUCCAUCGACAUCGCACUGGCCCUCGAUCAUCUGAGGAGCGCUUUCCCCCCUUGUGUCGCAGCAAGACGUGAAGCACAACGACAGACGUUGCUUCAUAUGUAUCGCCACGAAACUUCAGAGACGGACGUUCACAGUUCCUACUCGAUCGGACUCGGCACGUCGAAACGAGCUGCGAACGCGAGUAGUUGUGGCGUUCUGAAGCCAAUGGAUACAACGAGAGUCACCCGAUUCGGCCUGGAGUUAUCAAAGGAAAUACCAACGGCGUCCCGAAUGGGGAAUAUGCAGACGACUGCAACUCUGCUCGCGAACGCACGUCUCAUCCUGGGAAGCGGACUUGUCGUCCUUCCCGCGCACUACUGUGUAUCUCCUCAUUGCUGUGGGGGUUUGGACAGCUUCUUCAUGUACUCCGUAUGGAUUACGGAUACUUUGUCUGGGGGGCACAGUAUCCGCAUGGUGGCAUUGCGCACGAUAGCAAUCAGCAACGCAGCUGACGAACCCUGGUCCCCAUGUCGUCCAGACCCUGCAGACAUCUUAAAAUUCUGGAUGCCAAAGAUGGCAGAUUCAACAGGGAUUAGUAGUCCUCCUGGAGAAGGAAUAACAGACUGCCAGUAUGCAACUUGGGCCUCAGGCUAUGAGACUCUGUCCUUCCAAGACCUGGCUUGUUGGAUUUCGGCUCCAUUCACGGCGAAAGACGGGUCCGCGGCUGAUGCCUCGUUCCGUCACGAAACUACUACCAAGCGUACCACAGAGACGAAAGACACAGACUUGAACGAAUCUGUGCCUUUGCACCAGACAUUUCGGCGAUUGAGAAGAGACAACGUCAAAGAUCCAAGCCUUGUUCAGAGCUACCAAGCGUGCUCAACUUCUCUCUUCAACAGCGUCACCUUUUUUGCAAUGAGGUGCCAUAACUACGUUGCGGUCGCAGAGUGGACAACGGUAGCCACACAUGCAUUGGCGCACUUCCCAAUUGAGAUACCGUACCUCCACAUCGCUUGCCUACAUAGUACAUGCGAACCACUUGCCGCUUUUGAAGCUAGUUCACUGGUGUCAGUGAUCUGGCGGAAGAGUCUACCUUCUCCGAGCCACAUUAGCCUACCCGUCAACUCUCUUUCCCUCUCUGUCUGCAAGGUACUGGGUACGUAUCGGUCGGUCACAAUAAACGUCUCUGCACCACGACUUGCUUCACUUUCUCUAGCCUUUCCAUGCCGGAUCAACAGACUUUACUGGCACAGCGAACGUUCCAUCGCCCACGACACAUUCCGGUCUCGGGAAUUGAGUCGUGUUGAAACUAUGAUGGGUAUGGCCGGAGGGUCUCCCAGGAGUUUCUCGACGUCUAUGCGCACUCUUCGCGAAUAUCCAUCACCAAAGACACCAUUGGACACUUGUGUCAAGUUGCUAACAUACCAUAACUUACAUACGGACGUAUCUUCAGCGCCAUCAUCGCUCCUUUGGCCGAUAUGGGAGAGAGAGGCAGACGGAGAGAGAGAGUCCCAGCAAUUCGAGUGUGGGCGAAUCAUAGCAAUCCACGUCGACGGCAGCCACACCAUCCAUCUACAACGCACUUGGGCCUGCGUCUACGCCUACGCCCACAACCACGCCGCAACUCCAAAGUACCUGUCCCGGGACUCUUACAAACCUAGCCAGCCAGCUCAACCGACCGCAAGUCAACGUCGAAUGUCCAGGCUCUCUUCCUAUUCGACUGCAAAUACAUUGUUUAGCUUUAGUCAAGAUUUUGCAGCUUCGCCCCCGCAAACUUUCCCUGGCGACGUGGAGGCUGUCGGCAGCAGAUUCCUUGAGGAUAGAAGUCCUUAUGCAAAUCAUAUUGCCAGGAAUAUUGUCCUCUGCUACUCUCAUUCAUCAAUAAGCAUGCAUGAGCGGACCUUCCACGUCGCCGACGAUGCUGGUCCAAUGGGAACAUGGCCGGGGCUGAGGGCUGGAACAUACGCUCUUGUCGUAGAGAUGGCAUUUUGUCAUCAAACACGAGCAUCGCACGAGAGUCCAGGCAAUAGCAGUUAUGACAGCAACCCUCACUUCAGUACAGAAAUCCAAAAUCAGACUCGGAUUACCAUGCCAGCACCGGCAAGCACAAACUGGCGCAAGCACAAGUCAUGUCUCUACAACUUGAAUCAAGACCAAGUGCCGAUUGACUCUCAUCCCGCUCUCUGCGACUGUUAUAUCCCCGACACUAUGCGUGCCCGUCCAGCCAACGUUCAAUCACCGAGACAAGUCUGUGUUCGUAACAGGCGACGGACUGCGGCUCGGUCGAGGUUGGCGGAGGUGACAAUGGCUUCACUGAUUGGGUUUAGCAUCCUCUUCACCGCUACUCUUGUGGCCUCUUUACGGCGACGCCCUCUCCCCGCUCCCCGUCCACGCUUGCUCUGGGGCCUCUGGCUGCUUUUCUUGCCAGGAUCUGGGGCAUGGAAGAAAAGAGGAGAGAGACCCAGGCCUGGACCCCCCGGCCCACUAACCUAUCAUCGCUUGCCUCUCCGCUGCGCCACGCUGCGCUGGCAGGGCUACCUUGCCCAGUGUCUUUCCCGCCGCCUGCUGGACGUUGAGGUUUUAUGCGCAUACCGGUGGUUUUUCACGUGGAGGCAAGUGGCACGAUGCAAUGGCGAAGAAGACGAAGGAGGAGGAGGGGGGGUGUGCUUGUACCUGUACAUGCGCCCAAGAUGGCCCACGGCUGUUCCCCUCACUCUGGGCUGCUGGCUGCUCUUGAGUCUUGUUUCCAUCUCCACCCCCCUCCUCCUUCUCCUCCUCCCCAGUCUUUUGAGUCUUGAGUCUCCAGUACUCUUCAUCCCUACACUACCUACACGACUUCGUACCUCCAUCGCCAGUCAGUCUUCCGAUGGGGCCCUCGUUCGUCAGUUUGAACAAUUCAAGCCCUCCUCGCAAAAACAUCCUGGCAAAUCGCGCAUCCGCACACCCAUGACGAGAUCCCGACUGCGCUUCUCGCCGUCUCUCGACGAUGGCGGAUUCGAUUCCAGCCACGGUCUUUUCUCUCUGGCGUUCGAUCUCUUGUCACGACACGACUGGAUAUCUUUUUUCGUCUCGUCUCGUGUCUUCUUCCGCCCCUUGUUGCGUUACAUAGAGUUACCUCCAUCGGAUCAUAGGCCCAUCGGUCAUCAGUCACUCAGCUCAGCUCAGUCGUCGUGUUGCUGUUAUUUUCUGACGAAAGCCGCCAUUGCCUGCUCCUUUCACCAUCCAGGCUCGGCUUGGAGAAUGAGAAAUUUGAGACAUUUUGACGAAGGAACAUCCACAUACGGCGAACAGCCCGCUGUUUAUGAAGAGCCCCGCAUUCUUAACAUCUGGACCGUUGAACUUGUCUCGAUGAUGCUUGCGGAGUCCGGUAAGACCACGCGUCUGACCCUGUCCAUGAUAUGCUGGGUAGUUGUGCACCUGGAAAGCAUGGGCGGACAGGCUGUAGCCUGUCCGUCUGUACUCUCACGAUCGGCUAUGGCUGGACUUGACGGGACCUUUCCUGGCCCAGGAUCAUGUCCCGGGUGCUUUUGGCCCCUCCCUCCAUCAGACAUAGAGGAGCAGCAGUGCCUCACCCCGCCGCCCGCCUUCCGUCCUGUGCAUAUAGCUGAGCUGGGCGCGUUCAUGAUACAGUUUGCUUGUUUGCUUGGCACCCAUCGUUUGUCCUCCCGUCUUCAUAAAUCGGCGCACCGGGGAACGGAGGCAUUUCCAACGACGGCUCCUGUACGGAGAAAACAGCGUGCAUCAGGUUAUGCCGAAGCCGGUAUCUGCAUCGACACACAUCCAGAUCUACACUGUAGGUGUCUAGAUGAAGGACGGCGGCCCAUCUUGGAUGCUGUCGGGAAUAUCUCCCUCUCACCCGCGACCCGCGACCCCCGGGACACGCAUACACAUACAGAUACACAUAUCCGUCCAUACUACUCUGUACACACACUUCUUCGCAUCUCCUUCCGAUCCCUCCUCCCGGUCAAGCCCAAACCCACUCGAUCAAGCAAGCGGCCGCCGCAGCAGCAGCAGCAGCCGAUUGCUCCUCGUCGCGGGUGGAUUGACGGCGAUAAAAGUCCGGGCUCUGUGCGGUCGCCAAAACUGGCCGCCAGGUUGGCACAAAAAGUGACGAAGGAGGAGGAGAAGGGAGCGGGCGGCGAUGGGCGGAAGACCUCGCCUCAGCAGCGCCAGCGUCCGUGGGCAAAGAUGCGCCGUCGCCGCCGCCGCGUCUCGGGUGGUAACAUGGAGAUGCCGCAGUAUGACAGAAUAGCGCGUCUGCAAUCCUCGCCGAAGCGGAGAGAAGGCUGUAAAAACAAGCACGGAGAUGUCCAAAAGUUGAAGGCGGCGUUGUCACUUGUUGAUGAAGCCUUUUUUGCCACCACCAUCACCUACCUACCUUGGCUCCUCCUGCUAGGAAAAAAGGUCUCAGAGUCGUUGAGCAAGCAGACGCGCCCCCCGGAUUUAGGACGAUCACAACAGCGGCGGCAGCAAAAGUUUCGUGUGUGGCAUACGGAUACUGGCACGACUGGCAAGGAAAGACUGGGUGGUGGUUCCCAGCCCAUCUGCCCUCCGGAUGCAAGUAUGCUUCGCAUAAUGUGUGUACCGUCGCCUGCUGUUGGCUCCGUUGGUGACAAUCCAGCAGCAGCAGCAGCAUGUAUCUAUCUGUAA